AUGAAUGACCAGGAGGAAGAAAAUAAAAGGGGGGGAGAGAAAUCAGUAAAAAAGAGCAUCGACAUUCGUUUUGACAGAGAUGAAAUGGACAUUCCUGUUGAGAAGGCUCGUGGGGGAAGGCAAAACGCGCGAACGAGGGAUGAUUUACACGUGAGCACAGAUAAGAACGGACAUGUGAACACAAAUGGAAGCGCUCAGGUUAACCAACAUCUGUCGAAAAAGAAUGAAGCAACCGAGGACAAGGAACAGUUGCUAAUAUUUAAGAACUACAUGGAAAGGGAGGCAGGAAAGAGCAGUGAAGAGAGGAAAGAGCAACCCAGCAGAGGCAAAAGUAUCCCCCUAAAGGAGGAGCAGCCCAGUAAAGAGCCAAAUGGAUCGACGAAGGAACAGCAGAAUGGCACAGAUGAGGACGAGUUCGAAAUUCCCAUACAUAGGAAAAAAAGAAACCAGCGCACUGAUUUUUUAAGUGAAGGCUUUUUUAAAAAUAAAGAUUAUGAAGAGGAGCAGCAGGAGGAAAACAAAAGAUUGCACAUAUUGGAAAUUUUCAAUUAUCAUGAUUUCCCUGCAAAUUUAUUUGGGAGAAAAAAAACGAAAACAAAAAAUAAGGAAAAAAAAUUUGUCAUCGAGUUUGUAGACACAUAUAAUGACGAUUUUGUAAGGAAAAACAUUAACAACAAUCUUAUAUUUGAGUCAAUAGGGGUAUGUAAAGGAAUUUCCUUUUUGCACAUAAACCAAAAUAUCAAUGUAAACUGCCUAGGGUCCAAAGACAACAAUGCCUUUUAUUUUUACAAAAUGAUACCAUUUGAUAAGAUUUUCUCCAAGGAUACCAUGAGCAAAAUAUUAAGUAGUAAAAGUGCGCCUCCCCAAAAUGAGGAUACAAGACAGCAAAGUAAUAGGAAAGGACACCAAGUGAAGAGCGAUCUGGAGAGAGCACAAAAAAAUGAGGAAACUAAUCCCCUUUGGAAAAAUUAUAACAUGAUAAAAAAUUACCUUUUUAAUAAAAAAAAAGAAAAAAAAACCCUGUACAACGAUUUAUAUUUAUCCCCCUAUGAAAAAAAUUUAAAAUCAAGUAUAUGUAUAGGGACUCAUAUAUACUCCAAAGAAAGGGCCGUGAAAAAAUGUUUCGGGUUGCUAAUAGAGCAAAACGUAUACACCGCUGAUCAACCCCAGGAUGAAAAUUCAUCAGUCAAUAAAAAUUUGGAAAAUCUGUACUUUGAUUUUCCAUUUCAUAGAAACCAAAUAAGUUUCAAACCUAUUUACUAUCCGUAUAAGAAUAUCCCCAUUGUGAGCCACUCUUUUCACAGUUAUUUUAAAAAUAUCCAGUGGGAAAAAAUGAACAAGUUGAAGGAUGCUCAGUUUUAUUACGACGUAAAAAAUAGCCUCUUCAAUUUUUCAAAGGACGUUUAUUUGACGACCAAGGGGGCCAUUAGGCACUUCGAUUCGCCCAAGGACUUCAUCUUCCAAACCGCCAACCGAAUGAAGGACAUCAACUUCCAAAUGAAGAAGAUUUGCGAAAGGUCCUUUUACAUAGUGCACGAUUCCGUAAUGAGGCUCAGCAAGGUCUCCAAAAGUUCUUAA